GCCUUUUCAAAAGUUCAACUGUUUAAACGCAAAUAUCUUGGUAGCAUCGUUAAAUUCCACAGAUUUUGCGUUCACCACCUAAAAAGUUCACCAGUAUUUAAUUGUAUUGCUAAAUUCGACGGCUAAACUUUAAUUCUUUGACUUGUAACUGAAAAAAAAACAUGAAAUGCGACCCUGAGUUCUUUUAUAAUUUUUAUUACCUAAUUGGCCCAUUGCACUUUACUAUUAUAAAUACCGAAGUUCUGAAAUAUUUCGUGACUUUUAUGAAAGUUUUCAACUUAUUUCACGUGCCUUUUCUGAUUUUACUUCCGUUUUGCAUGAACAGGUUGAGAACAUCCUGUCGGAAAAUAAUUUCGAUGAUAGUUUUGUCGGAUAGUUUGAUAACUUCUUCGGUUAUAAUUUUGGAGAAGUUUGGAAUUCAUUUUCAUGAGGACAGUUAUAAGACUCCUUGUUUUACUGUAAAUCUACUUUUGGACGCCGUUCUGCUUUGGUCCCAGUUAUGGUCACUGACCUUGAUCGUUCACGUGUUCCUAAUUCUGAACCCGCGUUUCGAAAUGACCUCUAGAAGAACUCCGAUAUUCCUCAUCUACAACCUAAUCGUGUGGCCCUCGGGGCUUUUGCUCCCCCUUCUUACUUCUGGUCUGUUUUGGUACCCAAUAACGUACAGCAACACUUACAUCGCAGGGGACACUUGUCGGGGUGAAUUCGAAUUCGAACUCAACGAUGAUUCAACUGAAUGCUUGCUAGUCGGUAAUAGUAAAAUAAUUUGGCUGAUGUAUUAUGUUGGUAUAGUUGCGAUCCUCGUAGCCGCGAUUUUCAUGUUUUUCUUGGCGUUAAGAAGAGCUUCGAAACUUUGCAAGAAACCAAAGAAAAGCAACAUCGGUAUUAAUUCUUCAAGUGAACUUUUUGACGAGUAUCAUGAGUCGAUUGGUUGCAACCACUCUCAAAUAGUUUGGAAGACUACUUUACGACUUUCAACUGCCGCUUUUGUUUAUAUACUAUCUGUAGCGCCUUCGGUCGCUUUUCGGGUCUACGAAAUCUUUUACGGGCCGAUUAAACAUCAAAAACUUCGAGGAGUUUCCAAUUUAUGGCUUCAAUUAGCGGGCUAUUUAAUUGGUGCGUCAAAUAUAAUCUUCUACGGGUAUUUUAGCCCGUUAUUUCGCCUGGAAAUACUCAGAGUCAAAGACUUCGUGUUGAUACACGUGAUGAACAUUUUGUCGUCGGCUAUCGGACAGAAGAAUUGGCGGAAAAAUCCAUCAGAGUAUGACGUAAUAUUCGACUCGGAUCCGAUGACGUCAUCAGAUACUGGUUACAGAAGUGGAGCUACAAAAAGUUGGACUCUAAGAUAAUGCAUUUGUCCAGAAACAAAAGCUUUUUUUAUUGCAAAUUUUAAGCCAAAAAUAUUUUCAGACAGAAGUGAAACUUUUAAAUUGGUAUUACAAAAAUACAUCUAAAAAGUAGCAGAUUUGGAAUCCCGGGUUAACUUUGAUGGACUGAGACUUCCCGAGUAAUAAAGUUUCAAAUGUUCUAAGAAUCUUGUAAGAAU